GAACUGUGAAAUCGAAUGUGAAUUUUGAAAUGUCGCAGGAUUAUUUUUGUAAACGCAAACUAAAAAUAAACAUAUUUUGGGAGAUAAAUAGUUUUGACACAGUUUCAUAAAAUAGACUUGCAUCGUAAUAUACUGUAUUUGCGUAAAACGUAUUAACUUAAAAAUGUUCCUAUUAGUAUAGAAAUUGUUUUUCCAAUGUAAUAUUGUUUUCCGGUACCGGUAUAUGAGUGUAUGAUCAAAACUUAAAAGUUAAAACUAACUACUCAUAACUAUAUGAUAAUAAGCUAAGUCAAUAGAUUUUCCGAUAUGAAUGUGGUAAUUUCCCUCAAACAAGAAAUGUAUGAAGUGCUAAUCUGAUAUUAAAGAAGGUGCUAAAAGUGGUAAUAAAUCAUAAACGUAACAAAAAUGCCUGGUAAAAUAAAAGUCAAGGUUUUGGCGGGCCGAAAUUUGCCUGUGAUGGACAGAGCUAGUGACACAACAGAUGCAUUUGUUGAAAUAAAAUUUGGUGGAAUUACACACAAAACAGAUGUUUGCAGAAAAUCUCUGAAUCCUCAUUGGAACAGCACUGAAUGGUACAGAUUUGAGGUCGACGAAUCGGAGCUUCAAGAUGAACCACUUCAGCUACGCCUUAUGGAUCAUGAUACAUAUUCAGCGAAUGAUGCAAUUGGCAAAGUGGUUAUCAGUCUUGCACCCCUGUUGGCGCGUGAGGCAAUUAAUACCAACGGCGUAGCUGGCCCUCCUGGAGGUGCCGUAAUGUCAGGAUGGAUCCCUGUAUUCGAUACAAUGCAUGGCAUUCGAGGAGAACUGAAUGUGAUUGUGAAGGUGGAAUUGUUCUCAGACUUCAAUAAAUAUAAGACAUCAAGUUGCGGUGUACAAUUUUUUCAUUGCCCAAUGAUACCUCCGGGCUACCGAGUUUCCGCCAUUCACGGAUUUGUUGAGGAAUUAAUAGUAAAUGAUGAUCCCGAAUACCAAUGGAUCGAGAAAAUUCGCACCCCACGGGCGUCCAAUGAGGCGAGGCAGGUGGCCUUUAUCAAGCUGAGUAAUCAGGUACAACGGUUGGUCGGUCUGAAGGCUGCAGAAUUAGGUGCCAAUGCUGUAGUCGGAUAUCAACAGGAUUUUGACUUAGAGGGCGAAGCCGGGGUCGUUGCUAGAGCUAUCGGUACAGCCGUCAGCAUGACGCCAUUGCCGUUACCAAGCCAAUCUAUGACAGUGCAGCUAACUCAGCAACAGUUAAAUAAAUACUUGGACAUUUUAGCGACCGAUGACGAAAGCGUCGCCGAUCUGAGAGAAUAUUACCUUCAUCACCAAGAUGAAUUGAUGAUGAUCGUCAAAAUACUUAAUCCUAGAACACCAUCUUUACUAGACGAACCAGAUAAUGAUGACGAUGAUAAGAGCUUUGAAACUGUUCGAUCAACCCAAAACACGUACACAGGAAGACUAUCUAUAUAUCAAGAUCUUUCUGCUCAUGCAGGUCUAAAGCAUAUUUCAGACGAUCAAUCUGAGUUAAAUAAACUUCUUAAUCGUCAUGAUUCUGAUUCUGACUCAUCGGGACCGAUUGGAAAAAUAAAAAAGAUAAAAACUCACUUGUUUUCCAAACGUUUCUCAAGGCGCAAAUCGUCUGCUAAACAAGAUGACCAGAUCUCUAUUAAAUCCAGUUCAUCUGAUACAUCCCGCAUAUCAGAUAUUAAAAAUGAGCUGAAAAAAUUAAAGAGGUUAAAAGUUAAAAGAUACGAUGAAUACGAAGAAGAGGAGGGUAUAAAUAUGGCAUCGAUUUUAGCACGUUCUGUUAUUCAUGCUCAGACAAGUCUCGCAAGAAUAUCUGAAUCACACUCUGAACACUCUCCAUGUUCGACCUUAAGGCGAAUUAGUGACUCUGGACCUGUCAAUUUACCUUCAGAUGAAAAGAUAGAUGUUGAUGUAAAUUGCAUGGACGAUUCUAAAAUCCCAGAAAUACACUGCGCUUCUUUGGAAAACUUAUCUAAUGUCGUCAGUCCACAAUCGGAAAGAAAGAUUUCUGAUUCCUGUCCAACGUCACCGGUUGUUGUAAGAAGUGAAAAUCUUCUUAAACUCCCUGGAGAUUCCAGUUUUUAUGGUUCCGUAUCAUCUGCUCUCUCAGCAGAGAGUUCAGAUAUUUAUUCAACUUCAGACGAAGAAGAGGAUAGUUUUAACUUAAAAACUGAAACUAUCGGUUCUGUUGUUAAAUCUGUUUUAAACAAUAAUGUGAAUCCAGAAUUUGUUGCCCAAAUGGAAAAAAAGCUUACAGUACUCAAAUUGGACUCCUUUGAAAGCAACGAAGGCAGUCAGUCGGCCCAAGCAGUGAAACCUGAUGUUCCAGUUCAAAACAAGCAGGACCAUAAUCCCGUUCUGUUUGAACCCACUGAGGAUAAAAAGUGUGUAGCCAGUACUCAUAAUCGGUCUUUUAAAAUCCCAAAUCCAUUUGCACAUAAGAAGCUUUCUAGUAGCUUUAGUGCACCCUCAUCCCCGGUUGAGAAACACGGCUUCAUGUAUCGCUCCUCAAGGCGGAUAAAGCGACAGCUUUCAAAACUUUCAAAAACUAGCAUGAUCAAAAGCUUGUCACAUUACUCCUUGCUGCCAAUGAGGAAAGAACAUAAACCGUCAGUAAGCGAACCUGGUUCUUCAUCUGAUGCUACGUCUAGAGCUCCUAGCGACACGGUGCUAGGUGCCCCUUUCUUGUCUUAUAAUGAUCUGCUUGCUCUUGAUAAUAGUGCAGUUAACUCAAAUCGCCUAUGUAAAAGUGACGAUCUUGGACCCACCAAAGUUUCUAUGUACAUUGGUUCCGAACCACAAUCUAGAGCGUCAUUCAGUGGGCCUUCCAUCUCAUUCAACGAACGUUUGCCUGAGCAAAGGUCAUUUAAAAGAGAUAAACCUGCAAUCAAACCAUCGAGCUUAGUCCAAACUGCUAUGGAAACAAUUCUAAUUGAUAAAGUCCAAUCCCUACUUAUACCGACAAGUCCAGACUAUUCGAGUGCUAAUAAAAAAUUCUUUAACGACGUCAAUGAAAAGCUAGUGGUUGAAGAAGAAAAGCUAAAAGAAAGAAAACUAACUAGACAGGACAGUGUACAAUCGACGGAAUCGGCGUCGCUUAAAAUGUCCAAAUCCCUUAAUUCAUGCAAGUUAACACAUACGCCAGUCUUAAAAAACAUCCAUUCCGUUCUUAGCGGAGCACAUUUAGAGACCAUACCUUCUUUACCUGAGGGCAGUGUAGAUAGAGAAAGCCUAGACGUAGAGUGUGAUACUAACAGUGCUAGCGUGUGUGGUAACUCGCAUGCAGCGUGCCUUGACAGGGAUAAAUGUGAGAGGGAGAAACAAGAUAGGGAGAAGUGCGAGAAAGAAAAGGACCGGACAUCGCCGCGUCACGCGCGGCACGAGUCAUAUGGCGGGCGCGAACCAAACGUACAAAACGCAUCAGUCAACUCCACGUCUACGCCUAUGGGAAUACAUCGACGGUCUUCUGAUUCUGAUCUUAGUAUAACACCAAAAGGUAGUUCGCUAAACGCAUCUCUAGGAAACGCGGGUAGUGGCGGCGGUGCCAUACUCAAGCCAUCUAUGAACAGCAAUAACCUGGAAAUGCUGGAGUAUCCUUUUCUUACGAUGUCGGAAUACCCGCCUGGAUUUAUAGUACAUAUUGGUGGGACAGUCUGCGCUCGCUCUGUGAAGUUAGUAGAUGGGGGCGGGGAAAGUAGUUCUCGAGCGGGAUGGUGGACAGAGUUGAGGACCGAGCUCAGGGCACAUGCGCGUGCGCUGCGAUGCACUGCCGUAUUGGCCUAUUGCGAAAGAACUGCUAUACGUGAGGACGUGUGCGUACUAUCUGCUUCUGGUACGGCGGCAGUUAUCAAUUUGGACUGUGAUUUUAACAUCGAUGAGCCGAAUGUGUCUUUAACAAACGGCUCAAAGAAUACAAUUGAAGAAAUUGAGGCUGAGAAUUGUAGCAUCGCACAUGUACCCUACUCGCCCGGCGCGGGUCCUUACAGGGCUGAGUUGGCCCCAUGUGGGGAAUGCCGUCGUGCCCGCGUCCCUACAGUUGUACUAGCGACGUGCGCGAAACCGAACCGACUGACUUCCUACGGCAAAGCAGUGACUCUCACCGCUGUUGCGGGUAGAAUACGUCGCGCUCCACCCGCCGCGGAGCCCGGUGCAAGGGAUAUUUCUGACCAACUACCCUUCCUAGAGUAUGAACUACACAAAUUGUUGCUGGCUAAGCUUAGAAUGCAGGGUGCCAACGCGAUAUUCUCACUGCAAACACAAAUAGCAAUAGGCGAACGUUGUGUGAUGGCUUUAGCUACUGGUACAGCUGUAAAAUUAGCAGCCUUGCCGCCUCCAGCACCACCAAGAAUUAAGGCUUCAGAGAAAGACAAAGAUGCCAUAGAGAUACAGAAAGCUCUAUGGGAUACGUUCACUGCGAACAAGACAGCCAACGGCUUUGAUGUUGCCAUAAACGAGCAAACACGCGCGGCAGUAGAAAGCGAGGGAGAGGAGCCUCCAGCCUUGGACCUUUGUGCGGACAAAGAUACCUGCGUCCUUGAAUUGGAUGAGGCCGAAGAUGUGGAGACAGCAAAGUUACUAGCAUCGCGUCGUAGCAACAUGCAAGUGUUUACGGACCAGUUAAAAGCUUCUACUGCGACGCAUGCGCUACCUUAUGCGUUUACGCAGGUAUGGCGUACUCGUGUCGGUCCAGUUGGAACUAGUGCGGAACGUCUAGUGUCAUCUGCGCUAAGUGGUGCCGCGUACAAGUUGCGAAGGUUGCAACCAGCUGCGCUUGCGGCGCCUACAUUCCAACUGGACUUAUCUGAGGAUGAAAUCCAGCUUGUCGUGUCCGGUACAGCAAUACCUCUUCAAGACCCAAGCAAGGAGCCAGCAAACGAGAAGGAGACAUCUAAUGAUGACGAUAUCUUCGCUCUAGAUGAGGAGCAACUCGCCAAGACUAAUACUGAGAACUAUGACGAGAAGAAUAGUGGACAGAGCGGUCGCGUGUCCCUAACCACUUUAAGCCACAUUAGCGGCAGUCGCUUCGCAAGACGCGUGUGCGCAUUACGAUUAUUAUUCGUACGUGAAACAACCGGAGUACGCGAAUUGGGAGGGCUUAGCGGGUUUCUUCAUACUUUCACAUGUGAGGUCCUGGCAAUAGUGCGAGCGUAUACGUCAGCAUUGGGCGGUAACGCACUCACGUCCUUCUACGUCACACACUUAAUGUUACAGGACAACGCGCAUAAGAAUCAGGGUCAGUGUUUACUGUCUGUUGGUGGCGACGUGGUCCACAUAACGUACUAAAAUCCAUGACAUAUCUAAUUAUAAGUUUUUUUUUUCUAAUUAUAAGUUUUUUUUUUCUAAUUAUAAGUUUUUUUUUCUAAUCAUAAGUUUUUUUUUCUAAUUCUAAGUUAAAUUUUAUGAUGUAAAUUUUUAUUGUAGAAUUUGAUAUUGUUUUGUACCUCGCAGUCUCCAUUGGAUAAAUAUGGAUUGUUUUUAUAUUGUAGUUUUUUGUAUCUUAUACACGAUGGACAUAGUAUGAAUUGUCGUCGAAUUAAAUGUUAUCACAUAUCGAAAACUUUAAAAAUAUAGUUAUUUAUUUAUGUAAUACACCAAAGAUGUUAUUUUUAACUGUAUGUAUCUAAUAUAGAUUAUGUCUAGUGGUGAAAUGUUUACAGUCUGUCUACCUUACUUUUUUAAUAUUAUUUAAUCCAUUUUUUUUGAAUUUUACAAAGAAUUUAUUGCCCUUUUGAUAUAUAUCUUUUGCUGUCCGGUACUGUAAUAUCUACAAGACAAGAGUAUAAUAAUAAGCGGGAAGCCUUUUAUAAUGACGAUAUCGAACGAACAGAGGUUUGAUGAUUUUCAAAGGAAUUAAAAUAAUAUGUACCCGUUGAAUAAUAUUAAUAUAAGAAAGGAGAAGCAAGAUUAUGAAAAUUAUCCAAUAUUGAUAUUCGGUAUAUAUUAAAUGUUUUAUUGCGCUCUCUACUGUUUUAUCUUCAACGUUGAAGGCUGCAUCCCCAGUACGUACUGUUUGUGUACGUAUUUGUCGGCACGCGUACGCCUACGCUACAAAUUGCGUAGACCGAGCGCAAAACUAGCAAACUGUGAACGCUCCACUCGUUAAGUAUAUGGAAGGAAAUACUAACGCCUAAACCCAAUAUCCUAUCUCAAUCUAUUUUCGACCAUCUGAGAUAGACAUUAAUCCAAAUAUUGAUAAAUGUGUGCCAAUACGACGGAUUGUAAUAACCAUGGAUAGCUUGUAUCGACAGAUGGUUAUUACAAUCUGUCGAAGUGUUAUUGGCACUCUUUUAUCAAAAUUUGGAUCAAGAAGUCUAUCUCAGAUUGUGAAUUAAUUAUUGGGUUCGGACGUAAACCGAUACGCCGCUAACUCAGACGGCGGCAGUUUGUUUUCCAACUGGGGACGCAGGCUAAAUGUCUACUCGUCGAUGACAAUACAUACUAAUAUGUGGUUUUUAAACGUUGCUGUGAACAUAUAACUGGAGUUUUUGUGCAAUAUGACUUUCGAUACUAAGGCUAUAUGUAAUUAAACAAAACUUUACCAUGAACUAAUACAGAACAGUCUUGAAUAAAAUUACUUUUUAAUUGUCCGUUUUAAAUAUAUUGAUACCUUAUUCAAAUGUUUUCCUACGUACAAACGCUUUUAUUAGUAGGUAUAGUGCUGAUAAUACAGUUGUACACGGAGUUGACUUAAAUAUAAGUCCUAAUUAAGGUGAAAAAUAUUGGCUGGAUAAUAAAUAUAUGUUUUGUCUUUGUCAUUACUAAUAAAUAAAUGUGACCAAACAUUCUUUAAAUCCAAUCCUCAAAAAACUGCUUGUGUUUUUAUCAUAUCAUUAACAUGUUAUAACUUAACUAACUAAACUCGGACGUUUAAAAGUAAAGCUGAGUUUAGAAUAUACUUCUGAUUGUCAUAUUACAUGUUUGUGUCUGUAUUAAUCAGAGGUUCGGUUCAAAUUAGUUUAAAAGUAUAUGAAUCUUGUCGUCAUUUAAUUACGUUAAAAAUCUACUAACUGGAACCCACCCAAUAUUUUCUACCUAAAAUGCGUACUUUGCCACUAUAGGUCUUGUCUUGUUUCGUGUACAUCUGAAUUAGGACAGUCGUUAAAGAUUUAAGUGCGUUUCAACUGCCGAUUUUACAUUUCUAUUUGAAAUGUUGUGUAACUCCUUUUUAUUUGAAAUAAAGUUAAUUUAAUAUC